AUGUCUGUAACGUCUUCAAUCCCAUGCAUCAAAAUCCCAACAACUUCUUCUUCAUGUGCAUCUUCAUCAACUUCAUCUUAUUCUUUUAGAUUCUCUUACCACAAACCUUAUGCUGUUACUGUAAGAAACUCUAUGAGUGAAGGUCCUUUGAGAAGACCAAUGGCUCCUUCUGUGAAAGAACCAUCUAAUCUUCCUCAACCAUUGAAACCCUCACCUCCUUCUCAGUCUCCACCGCAGCCUCAGAAACCAAGUUCUGUUGUUGUUGGGGAUGAUAAAAGUGUUAUUACAUUAGAGUUUCAGAGACAAAAGGCUAAGGAAUUGCAGGAGUAUUUCAAAUUGAAGAAGCUUGAACAAGCUGCUGAUCAAGGUCCCUUCUUUGGAUUCAUUGCCAAAAAUGAGAUUAGCAAUGGAAGGUGGGCAAUGUUUGGUUUUGCUGUUGGGUUGCUAACUGAGUUUGCGACGGGCUCAGACUUUGUUGAUCAAGUGAAGAUCCUUUUCUCCAAUUUUGGGAUAUUAGAUUUGGAAUGA